AUGCAUUUCGGGCUUAUGAAUGAGACACAAUUGAUCGACAUUAAUCUGAACAACAAUCAAUUAACUGGUCAAAUUUCAAACUCACUCUUCAACCUCAAGAAUCUUGAAUUUCUUGAUCUUUCUGAGAACUACCUUAAGGGCAUUGUAGAGUUUGAUGAGUUUGUUAUGCUCAAAUAUUUAACUUUCUGGGAUAUUUCUGGUAAAGAAUUGUUGUUACUUACUAAAGAAACUAAUGCCAAUGCAACUCGUCAAGAUUUUAUUGGUUUAGGAUUUUCUUCAUGCAACUUGAGCAAGUUUUCGAAUUUCCUAAGAAACCAACAUGAAUUGAAGUAUUUAAACCUGUCCAAUAACAAGAUUCAUGGACAAGUCCCGGAAUGGAUGUGGAACACAAGCACUACAAAUCUAGAAAUUCUUGAUCUUUCUAACAACUUUCUCAUAGGCUUUGGUCAACAUUCAGUUUUUCUUCCAUGGAUUUCUCUAGAAUUUCUUGAUCUCAGUUCCAAUUUGAUCCAAGGAUCGCUCCCUAUUCCACCAGUUUUCACUUUGUUUUUUCAUAUUUCAAACAACCCAUUGACUAGAAAUAUACCAGAAUUGUUUUGUAAUCUGAGUUCUCUACGAGUCCUUGAUUCGGCUAAUAACAAUUUAAGUGGCUCACUUCCUCGAUGCUUGGACAACUUUGGUGUUGUUUUAUCAGUGCUUGAUCUGCGACGGAACAAAUUUCAAGGAAGCAUUCCAGAAAGUUGGAUAAAAGGAGGCAACUUGGUGUUGAUAAAUUUAAGGGAAAACAAAUGCCAAGGGCAUUUACCGAGAUCGCUGGCCAAGUGCACGAUGCUAAAGGCCCUUGAUCUUCGUGAUAACCAAUUCAUUGAUAUAUUUCCAUUUUGGUUCGGACAUCUUUCAAAUUUUGAGGUCCUCAUUUUACGGUCAAACAAAUUCAACGGUCCAGUGUGGACACCUCAAACUUAUUUGAAGUUUCCCAACAUGCGAAUCUUUGACAUCUCCUACAAUGAUUUUAUGGGAAAGUUGCCAUUAAGACUUUUUGAAAAUUGGAAGAUCAGAAAAUUUGAGAAGGUGCAUCCCUUCACAUAUAAUCAUGAAAAUUCUUACUUCGUAAUACAAAAAGGUUCCCACAUGUGGAUUUUCCUCACCCUUAUACUUACUCUAUGA